CCAGGAGCCUUCGACCAAGCCAUGGAGGACCUCAAGAACCAACUGGCAGCAAACAAGGGAGAGGAGGCUCAGAGCUUCUGGCUACUCACUGAGAUUGAUCACUGGAACAUCGAAAAGGAGCGGAUCGUGGUGCUCACUGAUGCUGCCCUCCUGGUGUGCAAAUACGACUUCAUCAUGCUCAAAUGCCUGGACCUCCAGAGGAUCUCCCUGGGCUACAUCGAGAAGAUCUCCACGGGCCCCUUCGCAUUUCCAGAGAAGUCCUUGGACAGGAGGAAUGGAGAAGGCCUGAGGAUCUUCUGGGACAAACACCAAGAACCAGACUUCCUCUCCCGCUGGAACCCAUGGUCCACCCAUAUGCCCUACGCCACCUUCACGGAGCACCCGGUCAAAAAUGGCUGCCCGAGGCUUAGCCCCAUCUGUCAGGUUUCUGCUUUCAAGGCUCAGCUGGUCCAAGCUGUGGAGAAUGCCCACGAAACGGCCCCUGCGCCAGGCCGGAUUCCCGGGGUGGUUUUGGUGAGCGAGCCCAUCCGCAUUCAGACCUACACUGGAAUGAUGGCCUUUUUGGGAAACCAAAAUAAACUGGGAUAUUGCCUCGCUCGGGGCAGCAUCGGAUUCUGAUCUGGACAUUUUCCCUCCAG